AUGGAGGAGGAGACGCCCAGCGUGGAGGACCUCGUGGACCCGAUGCCACUGGAUCGGCCGGCCAAGAUGCGAAGAAUGGAGGAGCCCGGCUGUGAGCCAUCGGCACCGUCGACAUCGCCGGAGAAGGGAAUCAGCCGAGCGGAUUUCGAGAAGAUCCUCCGCAUGAGCCAGACAGGAAUGUCGGUGGACGCUAUUGCGCAUGUGUGGAACGUCGAAACUGUGGAAAUUGUGAAGACGCUCGAGCUGAUGCGAUCUGGAAAGGACAGCCAAAGCGACGCGCAAGCGGGUAGCGAGCAUGGCUGGACCUCCUUGGUGAAGCGACUCAUGGAGGACCCACCUGACCUUUGCUGUCCCAUAUCCCAGGAGUUGAUGGAAGAUCCGGUGGUCGCGGCAGAUGGAAUCACUUACGAAAGGCGUUGCAUAGCGGAGUGGUUUUAUUUCAACUCUGGCAGCCCAACCACUCGUGAACCUUUGUUGACUCGUGUGCUUAACCCCAGUCAGCACGUGAAGUCCGCUGUCAUCGCGCACAAAGAGAAGACGGUCCAGGAGAUUUUGUCCGUGGCCUCUCAAGUACCGAUUGACGACGCGCUGAAGUUGCUUUCGAGAGGUGAGCAGUUUGUCCGUGCGGCCUUACCCGAUGCAUCUGCCAAAAGGAAGCUGUCUUCCUUGCUGCUCCUUCGGGUAAAGCGGAUGCAGCCAGGAGAGCGUCGCGCAAUCGUUGAAGAGCUCGUGCCGAUGCUGGUAGAAGUCGCAGACAAUUCGAAGCUUGAGGAGUUACUAGACCUGGACGAGCAGGAAGUUCUAUGGUUACUUUCUCAAGUAAAUUUGGAUUUGAUGAGAUCUUUGAGAAUACCUGAACCCCGCAAAAUCUUGGUCAGCAAGGAGCUUGCCCGCAGAAUCCCAAGCUCCACAGUUGCCGAUGAGCAAGGAGACUGCUUGAAUUACCUUUGGGAUUUCCUCCGUGAACAUGAGGGAGAAUCUUGGGCAAAAGCAACAUCUUUGGUACUGGCAACAUUCCAUAGCAGAUUAACAGCUCAGCUUGAAGUGCUUGACACAAAACUGCUGCGGCAGGCCUGCGAUUACCUGAAAAGCCGUGACAGUGCUACGUCUUUCGCAGUGGACUUUUUUAGCUCCGAUCUUGGCAUUUCCACACUGGAACAUUGGCCGCCCAAGAGUUCUUCUUCGAUCUUUGCUGAACUUGCCUCACGCCUGGAUGAGAAACAUGAAGAGAAGGUGGACUUCUUAGCGAAAGCAUAUGAGCUGGACGACUCUGAUGAAGACGUGCGCUGUGCUCUUGCGAAACAGCUUAGCCAACAAAUCUCGCAGCAAGGCUUGUCUGAUGAGGGCAAACACUUAGAAGGGCUCCUACUCAAAGUAUUUUUAGAGAAGAAAGAGGAGAUUCCUGCAGAAGUGAUACGGAAACUCUCCCUUCAGGGUAGUGAUUUGAAGGCGCUGUCUGCAGAUGAGCUGAUGCUUCUCACGGAAAUGCUCAAGAAAGCCGAUCGACGAGCAGAUGGGGCUCGGGCAGCCGUUGCUGCUGCAGAACUCUUUACUGCCAAUGGGAAGGAGGAACAAUCUCAAGAGGCCUUGGCUUAUCUCUGGGACCUUUGGGAUUGGCUUUGCCAAAACCUCAAAGAAGGUGAAGACUCGUCUUGGGCGAAAGCAACAUCUUUGGUACUGGCAACAUUCCGUAGCAGAUUAACAGCUCAGCUUGAAGUGCUUGACACAAAACUGCUGCGGCAGGCCUGCGAUUACCUGAAAAGCCGUGACAGUGCUACGUCUUUCGCAGUGGACUUUUUUAGCUCCGAUCUUGGCAUUUCCACACUGGAACAUUGGCCGCCCAAGAGUUCUUCUUCGAUCUUUGCUGAACUUGCCUCACGCCUGGAUGAGAAACAUGAAGAGAAGGUGGACUUCUUAGCGAAAGCAUAUGAGCUGGACGACUCUGAUGAAGAUGUGCGGCGCGCUCUGGUGAAACAGCUCAAUCAGCAUAUGCUACGCCAAAGCAUUGACGAUUGA